AUGGUUUUUUCUGGUUUGGGAGUCAAUUUUAUGCUGAGAGUUAAUUUGAACCUCGUACUUGUUGCUACGGCCAAACAAUCUGAAACUCCGGUUGUAUCACAAUGUGGAGAAGUUAUGAACAAUACAUUUAUCAAGAGUCAAGUUCAGUACUCAGAGUAUGAACAAGGUCUUGCAAUUGGUGCCUAUUACUGGAUCCAUUGGUUAAGUGAAAUUCCCGGAGGAGUUUUGGCCCGUAAAUAUGGAACUAAAAUGAUUUUUGGAGUCGGCAAUUUAUUAGCCGCCAUUUUGGGAGUUUUUUUGUCUGUCACUAUGCAAUAUAGCCUUUACAGUCUUAUUUUCAUUCGCGUAUUGCAAGGAUUAGUCGCUGGCGUUGCGUAUCCUGCGACUCAUGAUCUGACGGCAAAAUGGAUUCCUCAGAAGGAAAGAAGUAAAUUUGUGAGCGCAUAUAUGGGCGGAAGUGUUGGAAUUGCUCUUACAUAUCCGUUGAGUGGAUUUAUAAUCGAUUAUCUAGGUUGGGAGUCAGUAUUUUAUAUAACUUCAGUUUUGGGCAUCAUUUGGUGGUUCCUAUGGAUUAGUUUUGUCUAUGACACUCCACAACAGCAUCCCAGAAUAUCAGAAAAAGAAAAAAAAUACAUCCUAGAUAAUUUAGGGACCUCUGUAGACCAUUCAAACCGUAAUUUGGCAAUUCCAUGGAGUCAAAUAUUGACAUCCUGGCCAGUAUGGACUUCAGUUCUGUCAAACUGGGGCGCAGUUUGGGGUUACUUUACUCUCAUGGCGCAAGCACCGGCUUACUUCAAAUUUAUCCAUGGCUGGAGUGUUGAAAAAACGGGGAUAUUUUCUGGGCUUCCGCACUUUCUGACGAUGUUCUUCAGCUGGAUUUUCGCCCACAUGAGCGACUGGCUGCUCCAAACCGAAAGACUGACCCUAACUGAGGUCAGAAAACUCGCGACUAUUGUCAGUUCAGGACUGCCUAGUUUUCUAAUCCUGGGGCUUGCAUUCAGCGGGUGUUAUCCUGUACUUGCAGUGAUUCUUAUAAUGGGAGGAAUCGCUUCAGCCGGCGCUGUAACUUCUGGACCACUCUCUAAUCUCGUUGACCUCAGUCCAAAUUACGCAAGUAUUCUUCUCGGUAUCUGUGGCCUUGUUAUUGACAUUGCUGGCUUUGUUUCUCCAAUUAUUGUUGGAUUUUUAACAAAUGAUAACCAAACUAUUGGACAGUGGCGUUUAAUUUUUAUAAUCGCAUUUUUAAACAUGGCAAUUUGCUGCCUUAUUUUCUGUAUCUGGGGCACUGCCGAAGAGCAAUCGUGGAACCAGUAUCACACAGUCUCAAAAAACGAAGAAGAUUACAAAAUUGACAUUGAACUUAAGCCGCAAUCAAAUAAUCAUAAUAAAUGA